GCAUUAUGAUCCUGCAUGCAGGUGGUUGAUAGAUCGUAGAUCUACUACUUACCGGAGUAUAAUGUACUGCCUGCUGCUGCUGCUGCUGCCUGGGUGAUGGAGGCACAACGCAUGAUGACCACCGUUGAGGCCUACGCUAAUGCUCUUCCAGUCUUGCUACGUCCCUGAUGCUGGUAGAUCUUCAGAACGUCACACAGUACAAGCGUCUCGUGAUUAUACGUAAAAAAGUCGUUACAGCAAGAGCGAACUUACUUUGCCAUCUCGUGCAUGGCAAUCAUUCCCGUUCGAUCGGAGUGACUUCUACCUACAUUCUGCAGUCUACAGUCUACAGUCCGAUGAAGGCCAUGCUACUAGCAAGAGUAUAACCCCGUGGUUAUAUACCAUGAAUAUACUGAGUCUUGCUUCUACAAGUACUUGACCGCACAGCAUGGUCCAGACGCAAACAGUACUGCGGGUGUUUUGCCGGUACAGUGUGUACACGGUUACAAUCGUUACCCACUUGCGACGGAGAGAAGCGGCACUUGACACGUGGACCUAACUCCGGGUGGAAGAUUUUGCUCGGUCGCAGUAGACCAGGCAUGAGGUACGAAUCGUAGUUGGGGAUGAAACCAAGGCCUGGCGUCCAGUGUCUUGCCGCUGCUGGCAGCCAUAAGGACAAGGAGGUAGAGUGGUCAUGAGAUAGUUGGUGUCGGGAAGACAACAACAACAAAAAAGAUAGCAGGAGGCAAUGGCGUCAGGCCAAUCUUCCUCGGACAACCCGUUCCAAUCUUCUCGGUUUCGUACAAAUAUUCUUGUGCCCCGACAGGACCCAGUUACUAGCAGUUCAGAAGAUGCAGCUCAUUACACACUGUCCGUGACGGAGGGCAGUGUCUAUGACAUCCCAUCACCGCUUGUUAUGCAGCUCGUAUCAGCAGAGAAGAAGAUUGAAACCGAUGACGAGGUUGAAGGUUCUUGUGCUCCAAGCAGAGUGACCUCUCCAGAAAUCGAUGACCUAGGCAAACGCAUCCGGGAAUCGGUUAGUGAAGUGUCGGAUUGCCUAGCGGACUUGACAACAGUUGGAGAUGAUCCACAUCGUCUCUAUCGCCAGAUGCUCCAGUCGCAGGGAUUGGACUGUCCCGUUCAGGAACAUCCGACACAAAGCGGUUCGUUGAUAGCCACGGGACUGGCCACAGGGAGUGAACAUGACACUGUCGCAGGCUGCGAGGGAAGAAGUCCUGCGGCACCUUGUGACAAGGACCAGCACAGGCACAAGAACAGCAGCAGUGGUACUGGUUGUAACGGGGAUAGUGCUGAUGAUGAUGAUGACGAGGAGGAGGAAGACAUUUUCACUGCACCCGGCUAUGUGAAAGCAUCCAGGACGGGGAACAGCUCUGCAGCAACAUCAAAAACGUCUACACUGACUACAAACCUGGACAGAAUAACCAGUGCCAGUAGUGAUAGCGACUGUGGAAAGAGACGGACAAGCAGCUCAUCCAGAACGCUCUAUGAAAGACCCGGAGCACCUUACACUCGGCCGAAGGGGGGUAGUAAAACUCAACAUAAGACGGCUAGUCGUGAGGCUAGUAACAGUAGCCAGAGCAGCAACAGCAACAGGAAGAAAACGGGUCUUCAAUUCUCCAUUCCAUCAGGCCUGUUCAGUCCUGGACCAGAGUUGAAAUCCAAAGGCUACCGUCUGUUUCGUGAGAGCACUGGCAGCAUGAGCAGUGACUCCAGGCCAAGCUCAACGACACCAAGAUCGCGAGGACCAUCGCCGGCGUGUGACUGUGAAUGUGGAAAAUGCGGCAAGAAGAUAGGACGGCACCGGACAUUCUUUGAGAGUCUGAGCUUGAGUCCUGUUGUUGAGAAAGGCGACCCAGAAAACCCAUGUUACAGUCCGUCAAGUAGCCGAGCCGGCAGCUUGCAGCGCAAAAAGGGAACCGUGACACCGCCAGCAGUUGCUGCUGCUGCUGCGUCCAGCAUUGAUGAUAAGCACAGGAUUGUGCGACAGCAGAGGCGCCUGGGCCUCUUGUGGGUGGCUGUAGCCGGUCUAGCGAUCGCUCUCAUUUUCUGUGUUGUGGCUCUGGCAGUCAGGAAAGCUAAAGAGUUUGAAGAAGAGGGGAGCGAUGAUGGUGGUCCUACCAAGUCGUUGUCGUCUUCAAGUUCUCUGGUUCGCCUAACCGACCAGAACAAUGGAAAUACAUCACAGAACAACUGUACAGCAGGCUGGACUUGGCAAGCUGGGAAGUGUGUCAGGCUAUCACCUAUGCCAGGAACCCAUGCAAGCGCUCAAGCAAAUUGUGAUCGGAUGGGUGGCAGUCUUAUUGCAAUCACAUCGCAGGCAGAAGCUGAUGCUUUUCGAUACUUUGCUGGCAUUGACAUCUGGAUACAUAGGGACCAGUCAGACAUAUCUGCUCUUGUCAACCAACAGCAACUGCCGAAUGUGACCAGUAGUCAAGAGAUCCAGCACUGCCCAGUUUUGUCCAAGCGGGGCUAUAUGAUCUACACGGUAAAUAAUCUCUGCUCAACAAUACAGUACUUUCUCUGUGAACAGCAUACAGUACUUUCUCUGUGAACAGUAGUCAAGACUGACCCUGAUUGUCUCACAUGACGUCCUAGCUAGCUAUUCCAAUGUGCACACAAUCACACAUGUGACAAGGCUGAUUCGGCAUCAUCUUGUACUGAACACUGACUGCAGCUCGUACACAGUAGCGGCCAGUUGCAUUCUGCCAUGCCGAAUCCGGCUAGCACUGUGUGCGUACCAUCACUCAAACAUGCAUGGCUGUACAGUGUAUCACUCCUCCUGCAUACACUGCAGGCUAUCUCUCUUGGAAAUUUCAGCCCGCAGCAUGCAGCAAUCCGCUGACUUGUUUCUUGCAUUUCUCUAGUGCUAGUGCACUCUGGGGUCAACUUUGUCCGUAAUGCUCUAAAUUACUGAGUCUAAACCUUUUCUGGAAGUUGCCACGCUGAUUACCACCCGGCAUAGGAACAAACUUACAUUGUUUUGCGGCUUGGCUGCAGCCACCACCAUGACAUGUCUACUGUAGAAUUUUGUCACUAGAGAUAUUGGUGGUAUUUUGAUGACAUCACUGUUUAUGAUUUGUACGUAACACGUUAGAUUUGUCAAAACUGCCAAUACCCAUAGCUACACGCACUGAUGUAGUCGCCAAUACAAUUCUGCAUGCCUGUUCAUCUGCUCCGUGCUUACUCUGAUAACGGUUACACAUGUACACAUACUUGAAGAGAUAAUACAUCCGAAGUUAUCACUCCCUGGCCGGUUCAGCUUCCCAGGCCAGUGUUCAGGCAUGGUCAGCUUGACACUAAGUUAGUACAGUGGAGAUUGGAUAUAACGACACUCUUUCGGGAGAAAGCAAAAUGUCACUAUAUUCGACCUGUCACUAAACCCGAUC